AGCGCCACCCCGAGCACCACAUCCACAAGCACCAGCAUGAGCACAGGAGCGUCCGUGGCGCAUGCCAUCGCGAGCCUGGCUCACAGCGGCGCCAACAACCCGCAGGAGCCAGCCACCUUCGGACACCAGUACAACAUGAUGAACAUGCAGCCCGCGUUCCCGCAGCCCCCGACAGCAGCGACUCUAGAAGCGGCUCGGCAUCAGCAGAACAUCAGUGCCACAAAUAAUGCCGCUGCGGUGCUCACCUCGGUGUCUCGCGUCAGCCUGCCGGCUGCAGCGGCUGCCGCUCCCAAGAAGCGAUCGACCAAGUCCAAGUGCUCUCCAGGCCUUCGCAGCGGUAAGUGGACGCCAGAGGAGGAGGCGUUCACGAACAUGAUCAUCCACUUCUUCAAGCGCGGCCUGCUGGACGUUGAGGAUGGCACCUCGCUGCGCUGGUACCUGGCGAAGCGUCUCAACUGCGAGGCCAUGCGCGUGACCAAGAAGCUCAAGGGCAACAGCUCCAUUGGCAAGCAGAUCUUCCGCGCCAUGGAGAACACACCAGCCAACCGCCAGGCCAUUCGUCGCGCACGGGAAGAGCUUGCAGUCGUUGAGGCUCGCUUCCUUGAGUCGCUCAGUGCCGGUGGCGUUGGACCGGGCUCGCAGCAUGUGCCAUCUGUGCCGCUGCCCUCUUCUCUCGCUGUAUCCGUUCGUGGUCGCAAGAUCCUGCCAAACACGAACUCGUCACAGCAACUCACGCUCGCCCCCAUGCCGAAAACGAAGCCUGAAGACGCGAAGCUGCUGCUGCACUUCUUCUCUGAGGCUCACAACAGUGACGAGGAGCCGGAAGAUGAGAACAAGACGGAGAAGACGGCGGACAAGAAGACCGAAAAGAAGAACGAGAAGGAAACUGAGAAGGAGACCGAAAAGAGCACUGAGAAGAAGACCGAGAAGGAAUCCGAGAAGAAGACAGUCGAGCCCGGAAGCCUUACGGUGGACCUGAGUGCGAAACUCGGCAAGAAGCGGCCUCUGUUGAGCGUAUCCACCGAUGCGGGUAGCCCAGACGAGGCCAAGGACGCCAAGGACGCCAAGGAACCUAAGCAGCAAGAUGCUGCUUCUCCGCAGUCAAAACGGCGGACAGUCGAGAUCGAC